CUUAUGUAAGGCGUCGAUGUUUUGGCGAUUGUAUCGAUUAUUCUCAUUCACCUCGACAUCUGCACAUUUCACCAGAAAUGAGGAAGACGUAGUACGGCAAACGCUGUUGAAGUAAUUGACAUUAGUGUGACUAAGUAUGGAGUAAAAAAGUACGAUGACGAUGCAAACGGAUGCAUAAAUCGUAAUGUCUGACAGCGGUUCAUAAAAAAGUCAACGUUUGCUAUUUCGUUUAUUUUUAACAUUUUUUUUACUUACGAAUUUGAAGCGGUGGGGAAAAAAUAUAGAUGAUCACUAAUCAAAUUAUAUUUCUUUCGUAGGAAUAAAAUUAUCACAUACAGUUUCAAAACAGUUUUCUUCAUUUUCCUUUGUUGUUUUGCUGAUUGAUUAGUAGAAUUUUGCAAGAUACUGCAAGAGUUCUUGAUACACUCAAUUGUAGAAAAUGUUCCAGUGUAACUAAUGCGACAUGAGUGAUAAUGUUAUUUUUUGGCUACGGUCAAGGUGUAGUAUGUCAAAUAUCUCGUCCAAUCCAUCUUUGUAGCGUCAUCGUAGCGUGAAAUAUCUUGGCAGUGAAAGGCUUUGACGAGUUCUGUCAGAUGAAACACCGGUACUCUGUCAAAAUAUGUACAUAUAUUAGUGUCUCUGUAGUUGGUAGAAUAUUGACAUGGAUUUGAAAGGGAAAGUAGCUCUAGUAACAGGAGGAGCUGCAGGAAUAGGUCGCGCUUACUGCGAAGAGUUGCUGAAACAUGGGGUGAAGGUUUCUAUAUGCGAUAUAAAUGCUGAGGCAGGGGAGCAGCUUGUUCAACGGUUGGAAGAAAAAUAUGGCAAAGACAAAGUGCUGUUUUGUCAGUGUGAUGUCACGGAUUACCCCCAAUACGAAGAAUCUUUUCAGACAACAAUUUCUGAAUUUGGCUGCCUUGACAUUGUUGUAAACAAUGCUGGAAUAAUGAAUGACAGAUUUUGGGAGCUGGAAGUAGAUGUCAACUUGAAUGGAGUCAUUCGUGGUACCUUACUGGCUCUGCGUUUUAUGGGAAAAGACCGUGGUGGCAAUGGAGGAACUGUUGUUAAUACUGGCUCAAAUGUUGUUGUAAAGCCAUAUGUAAGCAUUCCCAUUUACACUGCCACUAAACAUGCAAUUGUUGGUUUCACACGUUCAUUUGGGGACCCUUACCAUGAGAAGAUAACUGGUGUACGCGUACUUGCUGUCUGCCCUGGUGCCACUGACACAAACCUUGUGAAAGAUGUAAGGAAACAGCUGCUGUCACCUGAAUAUGAGAAUGCUUGGCAACGAGAUACAGCAGGAGGGGUAUCACAAACGACAUAGCACAACUGCACUGACCUGCGCGCAAGAGCAUUUCUCAACAGUGGGCUGCCUCAACCAUGGAUUGGCCAUAAGGAGUGAGCAGCUCUCACAUUGCAUCAUUGGCCUUCAUGGUCAACUGACCUCAUGGUACAAUAUGUGAUCAAAAGUAUCCGGAUGCCCCCAAAAAUGUGUUUUUCAUAUUAGGUGCAUUUUGCUGCCACCUACUGUCAUGUACUCCAUAUCAGCGACUUCAAUAGUCAUUAGAUAUUGUGAGAGCAGAAUUUGGCGCUCUGCCGAACUCACGGACUUAGAACCUGGUCAGGUAAUUGGGGCGCCACUUGUGUCAUACAUCUGUAUGAGAGAUUUCCACUCUACUAAACGUUCCUAGGUCCACUGUCUCCUAUGUGACAGUAAAGUGGAAACAUAAAGGGACACGUACAACACAAAAGCAGACAGGCCGACCUCAUCUGUUAACGGACACAGACCGCUGACAGUUGAAGAGGGUCGAACGUGUAAUAGGCAAACACCUAUCCAGACCAUCACACAGGAAUUCCAAACUGCAUCAGGAUCCACUGCAAGUACUAUGACAGUUAGGCGGGUGGUUAGAAAACUUGGAUUUCAUGGUUAAGUGACUUCUCAUAAGCCACACAUCAUGCCGGUAAAUGCCAAACAAUGCUUCACUUGGUGUAAGGAAUGUAAACAUUGGAUGAUUGAACAGUGGAAAAACAUUGUGUGGACUGACAAAUCAUGGUACACAAUGUGGCAAUCCGAUGGCAGGAUAUGGGUAUGGUGAAUCCCCGGUGAACGUCAUCUGCCAAUGUGUGUAGUGCCAACAAUAAAAUUUGGUGGCGGUGGUGUUAUGGUGUGGUUGUGUUUUUCUUGUUGUUUUGCAUGGCACUAUUACAGCACAGGCCUACAUUGAUGAUGUAAGCACCUUCUUGCUUCCCACUGUAGAAGAGCAAUUCAGGGAUGGCAAUUGCAUCUUUCAACAUGAUUGAGCACCUGUUUCUAAUGCACAGCCUGUGGCAGAGUAGUUACACGACAAUAACAUCAAUGUAAUGGACUGGCCUGCACAGAGUCCUGACCUGAAUCCUAUAGAACACCUUUGGGAUGUUUUGGAACACUGACUUUGUGCCAGGCCUCACCGACCAACAUCGAUACCUCUCCUCAUUGCAGCACUCCAUGAAGAAUGGGCUGCCAUUUCCCUAGAAACCUUCCAGCACCUGACUGAAUGUAUGCUUGCGAGAGGUGAAGUUGUCAUCAAGACUAAGGGUGUGCCAACACCAUAUUGAAUUCCAGCAUUACCAAUGGAGGGUGCCACAAACGUUUACGCAAUUUUCAACCAGGUGUCCAGAUACUUUUGAUCACAUAGUGCAUAUGUUGUUUUGCGUGUAAGGUUUUGUGGAAGAUGCUAUCUAUGUGCUCCCCUUCCAAUAACUUUGGCUGAACUGUAAAGCUGCAUAGCACCACCAGUGACUGCAAUAAUUCCAGAUAUGUUCACAAAUGUGGGGGAGAAGUUUGGCAAUUGCCUGUAUGUUUGUUGCACAUUGAACAUUUGUGAGAGGAAACUGUAAACUGUAAUCCUAAGUGUAACUGUAAACAGUACCUCAUGUUGUAUGAGCUAUGUGCAUGGGUGUACCCAUGUGAAAUUGGCGGUCGUUUUGAAAAUGAUCACUAAAUACUCCUAUGCGUAAUUUCCAAUUUACCCCAGUUUCUGGCUUCAUUAAUGUAGAAUAUAUAGGCUUACGAAAUUGUAUAUCAUCUUUGACCAUGUACAUUUACUGCAGAAAUAUGGUAAGUUAGGAUGGUGAUAUCAUGUACUCACAUUAAUUACUUUCUUCUACUUCCACAACAUUCAUCCCACCAUGUAGCAGGUUCCCCUCUGUUGGCUCUCAUAUCCACUUCACGGGAUCUUGUGCUUGGUUACGGUGGAGGCCUGUCAUCUUGAGGUCUAUGUGAAGGAUACCUAGCUUUCAUUACCCCCGUCUCUUGAUAAGUCAUUUAUCACAGAUUUUCAGUGAAAACUGUGUUUUACUGUCGUAUCUUAGUUUGCUCUCAGUAAACAUCCUUAUCAUGAAAGCUUUCUCUCAUUUCAAUGAAAGGUGCCACUCUGUACCACCUGCAUAUUUUGUUAUUGAUCACAGAGUCAAGAAGUGUAACACCAGAUGUCCACUGAAGCAUUUUUGUUUCCACUACAGCAAAUUCUUCCUCCACUUCUUUUAUUGUAGGCCAGCAUUCUGCAUUGUAUAAGGGAACUUGAUGGACUGCAGAGCAGUACAUUUUCAACUUGAGUCAGCCCAGAAGUACAUCAGUCAUUGAGCACCAUUUAAGCCAUGCUUUGAUAAUACAGUUUGUGAUUUCAGGCGACAAGCAACUUACUGGCAGUGGCAGAUUUCUAUUUGUCAAUUUUGAUUGAGUCCAUAUUAUUUGCAUCUGUUGACAGGUAUAUGGUUUUCUUUAUUUUGAGGCAUAGCCCAAAGUGUUCCAAGGUGGUUCUUCCAAGCUUGCACCGGUUGCUAAGGGUUGUUCUUGGCUUCAGCAGCCAGUAAAACAUCAUUAGCGCACAGCAUGGUCCAAGGUGAACAUUUCUGAGGAAUGUGUCCAUUAUUAUUAUUAUUAUUAUUAUUAUUAUUAUUAUUAUGAACAGGUGAACAGACCACCUUUGCAGGACCAAUAAUUCUGUAAGUCACCCACUAUAAUGUUUUAAUACUUCUUUCAAAAAAGUUUUAAAAAUUUUGAGGUGGUUUUUACGUUAACUGAAAGGCAAUUUUUGUUUUGUUUCCAAGGAUCUGAGGUGGUUGCUAGUGAACUGAAACCUGUUACUCUCUGUUCUUAUAAAAUGUGAUCAAAACAUUAACAUUUAUAAUAAAUAAUACAGCAAAAUCACUGUGGCUCCCUCGCCUGAUGAUAUCAGGUCUCCUAAAUUUACAUCAUUGCCUUAAGCUUUGUAUUAUUAUUAUUAUUAUUAUUUACAAAUUUACACUUACUUAUGGUCAGUUCUCCUCCUCUCUCAAACACACACACACACACUCACUUAAAUUUUAUUUUUGUAUCAUUUGUAUAUAUUAUGCAGAUUAUUUUAUAGUAUCUGAAUAAGUAGGAUGGGUGUGUUAUAUUGUACAAGUAAUUUAACUCGCAACCUUUCCAACAGUCUGAAACAGAAUGUAAAAGUGCAAUGAGUAAGUAAAGCUUUUCUUACUGA